AUGCACGUGGAGAGCUUAGCUGAGUGCCUGGCACAGACCCCGUUCGGGCCUUCUGCGCCCUUGGCCGUCCUGGUCACUGAGAGCUCCAGCGGCUCCUUGCCCCCACCCUCGUGGGAGAGGAGCCAGCGCCACAGGCCUGGCCAGUUUGAAGCCUUCUGUGCUGCGGGCCUGGUCCCGGGCUGGAACCUGCUGGUCCAGGGACACUCUGACUCUGGAGAGGACAAGUUUGAGAUCAACUUCUUGUCUGAGAAGGGGGACAUUGUCUUCCACAUCAAGCCCCGGUUCUCCAGCGCCACCAUGGUGGGCAACGCCUUCCAGGGCGGCCGCUGGGGCCAGGAGGAGGUGUCCAGCGUCUUCCCACUUGUGCUGGGGGAGCCCUUUGAGAUGGAGGUGAGCUCGGACGCGGAGCACUUCCACGUCCACGCCCAGGAGCACAAGGUGCUGCAGUUCGCGCACCGCCACAGGCCGCUGGCGGCCAUCACCCGCGUGCAGGUGCUGAGCGACCACCGCCUGGCCCAGGUGGAGCUGGCCAGGAGGAGCCUGAGCUGGGGGGAGGGGGGCUACUGAGCUGUGCCCGGAGUCCCAGGAGCGAGCCUCGGCCAUCCCACGUCCAGUGGAGCCCACCCUGGGGAAGCUGCAGGGAGAGGUCUGUGGUUCUGGGGCCCCCCGCUCCAGCUCCACUUUCAAUAAAGUCUGAGCAGGCUGCAGG